GCGACUGAAUUGAUACCUUUCUCUUCGGGCUAUUUCAUUCCUAGAUCCAUGACUUGAUCCCGGCUCCCACUCUAUCAUCGGUAGUUAUUUCAGCACAAUGCCCAAGGCAAAGACAAACAAGCGCAGUAGCGCUGCGAAAAACCCAUACGCAGAUGCGGCCGCCAAAACGAAGGCCGCCAGCAGCGUCUUCAGGAUGAAUACGGAUAUCGGUCAACACGUAUUGAAGAAUCCGGGUAUUGCUCAAGCUAUUGUGGACAAGGCGGAAUUGAAGCAGAGUGACGUUGUUCUCGAAAUCGGUCCCGGUACAGGUAACCUGACGGUCAAGAUUCUCGAGAAGGCGAAGAAAUGCAUCGCUGUCGAAUUGGAUCCUCGAAUGGCGGCAGAAAUCACUAAGCGUGUUCAGGGUACCCCGGUGCAGCAGCGUCUGGAUGUCAUUCUGGGAGAUGUGAUUAAGACAGAGCUUCCAUACUUCGAUGUUUGCAUUAGCAACACCCCUUAUCAGAUUUCCUCUCCUCUCACCUUCAAACUUCUUGCGACCUCCCCCGCACCUCGAGUCUGCAUUCUCAUGUUCCAGCGUGAAUUCGCCCUACGACUUUUCGCGAAACCGGGAGAUAAGCUUUACAGUCGACUUUCCGUUAACGCGCAAAUGUGGGCCAAGAUUGAUCACAUCAUGAAGGUUGGAAAAAACAACUUCAAGCCUCCACCGCUUGUCGAGUCGAGCGUCGUCCGUCUGGUCCCCAAGAAUCCCAGACCGCAGAUCAGCUAUGAAGAAUGGGACGGGCUCUUGCGAAUCGUCUUUGUCAGAAAGAAUAAGACUAUUCGGUCCAGCUUCAUUGGGCAAACCGGCAUCAUGGACAUGUUGGAAGCCAAUUAUCGGACAUGGUGCGCACAAAAUGACAUUCCAGUUGAGGAUGGGCCUGCUGAAGAUGCAGGUGGUGACGCUAUGGACAUUGGUGAUGCGCAAGGUGAUGCGCAAGAUGACGCAGAAGAGGAAUAUCAAGAUCAGACCAUGGAGGUAGACGACGAGGACGAUGUGCCGGACUUUUUCAAGGAGCAAGCAAAUGCUCGUGUCCAGGAAGCCCUUAAGAAGAACAACCCGAACCGCAAGAAGAAGGGGAAGGUCGCAGAAUUGGUGCGCGAGAAAGUACGCCAGGUCUUGGAAGAUGAGACAAAGCUCGCAGACAAGCGGGCAAGGAUGUGUGAUGAGAAUGAUUUCCUGAAGUUGCUGUGGGCGUUUAACCAAAAGGGUUUCCAUUUCACUUGAACAUGGGAAUCGUAUUUCUCUUAUGCAACAUGCUGGAAAAAUCCAAGAGUACGACAUAUCCAGGACAUAUUAAUGAAUUAUGAUUGACAUUAUUACAAACCAUCCUCGGGCGCUUUCUCGCCAGUCGGACGAAGAUGGGCACGGGAGUCCUGGAAUAGACUCUGCCAGAUAAAUGCUUCGCUCAGCAGCAGUUCGAUAUUUUUGUCUGUCCAGUUUUUUGUUGGAAGAGCUUGGAGGAACAUCAUAAUCUCCU